AUGCCGCACUACCACCACACCAAUCCGUCGCAUCCUCCUGCGGCGCGCAAGCUCCUCUCCUGGCGCCGCGUAGUCGCGGCCUGUGCCGCUGUCGCGGCGCUCACGCUCUUCCUGGCUGCCGCCCCGGCCACGGAGGACCCCAGCCGAUGGCGCUCCUAUCUCUUGGGAUCCCUCCCUGGGGGGACCCGCAAGGAGACAGUGGCGGCCGCGGCCGUGGCGGGAAGCUUCGCGGGCCCCGCCGCCUCCACGUCAUCGCCAGCCGAAGCGCCGCUUUCUUCCUCGGGCGAGAUUAAUUUGUCAGCUAGGAUUGCUCCAGCAGCAGCCCCCUCUAUGUUCUUGGUCCCUUCAUCUUCACCUGCAGAGAAUUUUGAUGAUGGUUCAAUGGAGGAACCCGAACAUCCUGAAAUAAAGGCGCCUCUUUGGUCAACAGCAGCUGAUGAAGAGCUUAUAUAUGCAAAGAAAGAGAUCAAUAAUGCACCAUUGACCUCAGACGACCCUGAUCUAUAUGCACCCCUGUUCCGGAAUGUGUCCAUCUUUAAAAGGAGUUAUGAACUGAUGGAGAGACUUCUUAAGGUUUUCAUAUAUCAUGAUGGAGCAAAACCUAUUUUCCAUUCCCCAGAGUUGAAAGGUAUCUAUGCAUCUGAGGGAUGGUUUAUGAGAUUGAUGGAGACAAACCAGAAUUUUGUUGUGAGAGAUCCAAACAGAGCUCAUUUAUUCUAUCUCCCAUAUAGCUCUCGUCAACUGGAGCAUAACCUUUAUGUGCCUGGCUCAAAUACAAUUGAGCCACUGUCUAUCUUUGUUAAAAAUUACAUUGACUUAAUCUCGGCCAAGUACCCAUAUUGGAAUAGGACAAAAGGAGCUGAUCAUUUCUUUGUUGCUUGCCAUGACUGGGGCCUUACACAACCAAAUUGCACGAUGAAUUGCGGAAGAACACUAUUAAAGCUCUCUGCAAUGCAGAUCUCUGAAGGAAUUUUAUCCGUGGAAAAGAUGUUUCCUUCCAGAAACAUUUCUUAG